UCCUUUCUUCCUUCUCUCCUCGCUCCGAUAGUCCGAUCGAUCUCCAUCUCCGUCAGUCUCUCUCCUCCCCCAAUUUCUGGACUUGUCUUCCAAGCCCUAGUUCCAAUCCAAAGCCUUCACCAAUUCAAAUUCCACCACUUGCGAUCGCCUACUCUCUGCAACUUCGAGCGAGAUCUCCAUUCACGCGUGCCUCCCAGCCACCACAUCACUGCCCGCGACACCUUCGAUGCAAAUUUGAUAAUUGAUUAUUCAUGGAAGCAUAGCCAUUUCCACGAGCAAGGGUGAGACAUGAAUACCAUGAGGGCUGAAGAUCCUAACUAUGGUAGUAUCCCUCAAAGACCUGCUGGUCCACCCUUUGCUGCUGCUUAUAGACCUACACCACCAGGUGCUCCACAGACUACCGCGCCUUUCUUGUCCUCUGGGCCAGUGGUUGGAUCUGAAGCAUCCGGCUUUAGACCAACACAAACCCUUAACUCUAAUAUUCCAUAUAUGCCACCUCCACCAUCAUCAUAUGGCCCACCAGCUGCAGUACCUUCGCAGCAUUUCCCAACACCACAAUUUUCUUCGACAGUUCAACCACCUCCUCUACGCCCUUCUGCUCCUGGCCAGCCAGUUCUUACCUCACCAUUUAAACCUCCCGGAGUUCAUCUUCGGUCCUCACCCCUUUCUCUUCAUCAGCCCCAGAUACCAUCCGUGCCUAUGGGAUCUCCACCUCAAAGCGUAAGCCAUUUGCCAUCAGGAAUGAGUGGUCCUCAGCCAUUUCCGUCCACUUUUCCUGGGUAUCCUAGUAGGCCAUCUGCUGUUCUAACACAUCCUCCACCUGUACAGCCUGCACCCUUUGUUACCCAUCAAGGAGGUUAUGGUCCUCCCCCACCUGGAACGUCUGCCCAUUUGCUUUCUCAUCAAAGAGGUUAUGUUCACCCUCCGCCAGUUGCGCAGAUGCAACAACAAGGCUCUGGACCUCCGAUGGGAACUCUGCAGGGCUUGACAGAAGAUUUCAGCUCUCUUUCUCUUGCCUCUAUUCCUGGAUCACUUGACCCUGGACUUGAUUAUAAAGUAUUGCCAAGGCCAUUGGAUGGGGACGUGGAGCCAAACUCUUUGGCUGAAAUGUAUCCUAUGAAUUGUCAUUCCAGAUAUCUGUGUCUUACAACCAGCGCCAUACCAAAUUCUUCAUCUUUGGUUUCAAAAUGGCACUUGCCUCUUGGAGCAGUUGUUUGUCCUCUUGCAGAAGCUCCUGAUGGAGAGGAGGUGCCGGUACUUAACUUUUCCGCUACUGGCAUUGUUCGUUGUAGAAGAUGCCGUACAUAUGUGAACCCAUAUGUGACAUUCACAGAUGGGGGAAGAAAGUGGCGUUGCAACAUCUGUUCUUUACUUAAUGACGUUCCGGGUGAUUAUUUCGCCCAUUUGGAUGCUGGUGGCAGAAGAGUUGAUUUGAAUGAACGGCCUGAGCUUACCAAGGGUAGCGUGGAAUUUAUUGCACCAGCUGAAUACAUGGUGCGGGCUCCGAUGCCGCCGCUAUAUUUUUUCCUGAUAGACGUGUCUAUUUCUGCCAUUAGAAGUGGAAUGCUUGAGGUUGUGGCACAGACUAUUAAAUCAUGUUUGGAUAGAUUGCCUGGCUUCCCCAGAACACAAAUUGGUUUCAUAACCUUCGACAGCAGUAUACAUUUUUAUAACAUGAAGUCAUCUUUGAUGCAGCCUCAAAUGAUGGUGGUCUCAGAUUUGGAUGACAUAUUUGUUCCUUUGCCCGAUGAUCUCCUUGUCAACUUGUCAGAAUCAAGAAGCGUGGUGGAUGCUUUUGUAGAUAGCUUACCCUCCAUGUUUCAGGACAAUGUUAAUGUGGAAUCUGCUUUUGGUCCAGCUCUUAAAGCAGCAUUUAUGGUUAUGCAUAAACUUGGUGGUAAACUGUUGAUUUUCCAGAAUACACUGCCUUCGCUUGGUGUAGGCCGCCUCAGAUUGCGUGGAGAUGAUCUUCGUGCUUAUGGAACAGAUAAAGAGCAGGCACUAAGAAUGCCUGAAGAUCCAUUUUACAAACAGAUGGCUGCUGAUUGCACAAAGUACCAGAUAGCAGUGAAUGUAUAUGCGUUCAGUGACAAGUACACUGAUAUAGCAUCACUAGGGACAUUGGCAAAAUAUACUGGUGGUCAAGUAUAUUACUACCCAAGCUUCCAAUCAUCCAUUCACCAAGAGAAGUUAAGGCAUGAGUUAGCCAGAGAUCUUACGAGAGAAACUGCCUGGGAAUCCGUCCUGCGUAUAAGAUGUGGAAAAGGUGUGAAGUUCACAUCUUAUCAUGGGAAUUUUAUGCUAAGGUCCACUGAUUUAUUAGCACUUCCAGCUGUGGACUGUGAUAAAGCAUAUGCAAUGCAACUGGGUCUUGAAGAAGCAUUAUUGACAGCUCAGACUGUAUAUUUCCAAGUUGCUUUAUUAUACACUUCAUCUUCUGGAGAGAGGCGUAUCAGAGUACAUACUGCAGCAGCACCAAUUGUCACAGAUCUAGGAGAGAUGUACCGCCGAGCUGAUACUGGAGCCAUCAUUUCUUUGCUUUCUAGGCUAGCAAUUGAGAAAACUCUGUCCUAUAAACUGGAAGAAGCUCGAAACUCGGUUCAACAGAGGAUUGUCAAGGCCCUCAGAGAGUAUCGCAAUCUGUAUGCUGUGCAGCAUCGCUUGGGAGGCAGGAUGAUAUACCCAGAAUCACUCAAGUUAUUGCCAUUAUAUGGGCUAGCACUUUGUAAAUCAAUACCCCUUCGGGGUGGAUAUGCUGAUGCGCAGCUUGAUGAACGCUGUGCAGCAGGGUACACAAUGAUGAGUUUGCCUGUUAAAAAUUUGUUGAAGUUGCUAUAUCCUAGUUUGGUUCGGGUUGAUGAGUAUCUGUUAAAGGCCUCUUCUCAGGCAGAUGAGUUGGACACUUCAAGGCUACCAGUUACUGCACAGAGCUUAGAUUCAAGAGGCCUUUAUAUCUAUGACGAUGGUUUGCAUUUUGUUAUAUGGUUUGGUAAAAUGCUUCCACCUGAUGUAGCUAUGAAUCUACUUGGCGAAGACUUUGCCACAGACUUGUCGAAGGUAAAUUUAUGCGAACGUGAUAGUGAACUGUCAAGAAAGCUGAUGAAAAUGGUGAAGAAAUUUAGGGAGAUUGACCCUUCGUACUAUCAGUUGUGUCACCUUGUAAGACAGGGUGAGCAACCCAGAGAAGGAUUCUUUCUCCUUCAAAACCUAGUUGAGGACCAAGUUGGCGGCAUGAAUGGCUAUGUUGAUUGGAUUUUGCAAAUACACCGACAAGUUCAACAAAAUGCAUAAUAUAGAGGAGCAAAUUUAACUUGAAGACAGAAUAACAUGUGUUCAGCCAUCACCCAUGGCUUUCCAGCCAAAAACAAGGGUGGUUGAGUUCAUGGAAAAUUGAGUUCAUGGAAAAUGGGUGCAGAGCAGGAUUUGCAAGCAACCAUUUGUUUGUUCAUUACCAUAAUCCGACGGGGGUUCUCGCGAUGUGAACUUAUGUUGUUUAUCUAUAAGGAAGGAUAAGGGUCUGUUUAUUUGUGUGACAUUUUACCAAUUUUUUCGACGAUUUUGCUAUAUUUUUUUCCUCAUCUCAGCUAGUAUUUUUGUUUUUAGAUUAUACAUUGUUGUUUAUUACAGUUUUUCUGUACUUUCAGACGUUCGCAUUUAUCUGAAGGCAAAGUUUUUUUUCCCCCACUGUAAGAUAAAAUAAUAUUAUAGUUUGACAGAAAUGCAUCAGGCAUUUUUUUUU